ACUCGUAUUUACAGGGGGAGGUAUGCGUUUUCUUGCACGGGAGCAUACAGUUAGGAAAGCAUGGCACUUUGUCGCCCCACUAAUUCGGAGUGAUCCGCGAUCCGCUGAAGGGAUUUCGGCUCUGAGCCUGUCUUGGAUGUUUUAGCACGGUUUCGAGUGACAUGUUCCUGUGAUUAGUGAGGAGUGAUCACUCAAGAGCGAGUGGGUUCCGAAAAAUUGUCUCAAGUGGAGAAAUGGAAGAACCGGGAGUUUCCUCUGUCAAAGGAAGAAAGGCCAAGAAUGUGAUGGUCACGAAUGGAAAUGAGACCAUCCCCAAGGAGUACGUCUUGAGCCAAAGUGCAUCACUUGCAUCGCUCAAUAAAGCCCGCUCCCUUUCUCACGACCUAUAUGGUAGCCUCGAAAAUGGUUACUCAGACACUUUGAAUGUGUCGGAGGAUAUUUCACAGAGAUGUUUUUUGUGCCAGACCAACGACCAAAGCGGUGACUUGUUUCGUUGCAAUUGGUGUCGACGAGUUUCAGUUUGCUCGAACCAUCAUUUUCGAGUGUAUCAUAGAGUACGCUCACGAUGUUGGCCAUUUCAUUUAGCACCCAAGAGAAAGGAUUCGCCGCCAGGAAAGUUUCAUUUGAGGCUGACAGCCACCAGAGACAUCAAAAAAGGGGAAAUCAUUUUCAUUGAAGCCUCGACUUUGGCCACUCCUCAACCACAUUCCUUUCCAACUUGCCCAGUUUGUUUGAGGCGAUUGAGAGCCGAUGCUUUCACCAAGUGCAAUUCCUGCUCUAUACCUUUAUGUGGCUCUCUCGUGUGUGCCAAUUCAUCUGUUCAUCAAAUUGAGUGUCGAGUGCUCACGGAGAAUAAGAUCAAUCUCUCAUCCCUCGUGAACAAUUUCACUCGACCACAUUUCAUCUACUCCGUAAUCAUUUUGCUCCGAAUGUGUGCUUUGGAACAGCACGCAAAGGCCGCCGAGUUACUCAGUGGGCGAACUAAGAAAUCCAAUGAUGAUCAACCCAAGGGAGGUGCACGACAUCGUCCCCGUGACAUGGUCCAAAGCGAAGAGUUGCUCCUGAGGGAGUUUGUUUUCCAAUUGCCUGAUCAUGUCGAGAAGCGAAGAGGACUUGGAGAAUGGAAAAUGUUCCAAAAAGAUGUGGUCGACUUUUUGAGGCGAAGGUGCUUUAUGGCAAACGAGAAGAGUGACGAGCAACUUCACAAGCUACUCGGUAUUUUCAUGGCACAUAGCACCACAAUUGAUUCCAGAGUGAUUUCGUCGGGAACCAAUGAAGGAGAAAAACAUCUUGUUCAAGGUCGACUUUUGUUCCCCGUUUUUGCUCUCAUGAACCAUAGUUGCCUAAGUAACACAAUUUUUACCUUGGAAGCAGAUCCAAAGAAAGUCGGAGUCUUCAACGUCGUUGUCCGGGCCAGAAGAAAUGUUGCCAAAGGGGAAGAACUCUCCAUAUCUUACGUUUCUUCAAUUCUGGGAAAUCACAAAAGAAGACGCAAAAUUCAAAGCGAGUGGUAUUUCCAAUGCAAAUGCCUCCGGUGCUCAGAUCCCACCGAGUUUCACACAUAAGUUAGUGCUCUCAAAUGUGAGGCUUGUGAAAGUGGACUCAUGCUUCCCUCAGAUUGCCUUAAUAUGUACUCCAAAUGGAUUUGCUCAGAUUGUGAUUUUGAAUUGACUGUGGAUGUCGUGGAGGCAAAAAUUGACCGCAUUGAAGACGAGCUCUCAGAGCUCAGUAUCAAAGACGAUUUAAAGAGACUAGAGCAAUUCAUCGAGCACUACUCCGGGACAAUUCUUCACGAAAACCAUUAUCUUAUUCUUCUUGCUAAAAGAAAUCAUUGCUUCAUAACGCGCAAGGCUCGAAUUUCGGAAUUGAGUCAUUCCUCAACACAUUCCACCGAUUCUCCAGCCAGUAGCAGUAGAAGUACCACCCCGAAUGCGGAUAUCUACCGAUCCAUCUCUGGAGUUAUUCAGCAACUGCAGUGCCAACAUGGUUCUUAAAUCUCUGUCACUGCUAACCAACAUUUCCAUUCGUUUGGCAUCAAAGACCUUUAAAAUGACUCGAGUUUAGAUUACUUCAUAUGCAAUAUCAUGCCACUUUGAAGAGCCUUAGUAGAAUAUUAUGCAUCAAGAAUCAUGAAAAUUGUGAGAGUAUCCAAAAAUCUCAUAAAACAACUUCUCAUUCAAAUGAGGAAAAUGAUGGCAAUAAUCACCUACUUAAAACUCGGCCAAAUACAGAUUUGUUUGGGGCUUGUCAAGUGAAGUGGAAAUCAAAUAAUGGGCCUCGACUUUUGGAGCUUAACAAUAGACAAACUGCCGUGUCAACCCCAUCAAGCAUGCAUUGAUUGAAGUGGUCAUCUAAUCCAAUCUACCAGUUUGUUUGAGCCACCAAUAUUUUGAUAUUAAGCCAGAACAAUAGUGCGGUGUCAGAACUGCAAAUUAAAAAGUGUGUGUGUGUUUUUAAGUGCAGCAUAAUCCAUUCGAAAUUAUGAAAAAAAGAAGUUUGCUGUCUUGUUUGUCUUCACUCAAUACCCAAAGUCAGAGUGCCAUGUGUCCAUGCUAGAUUCAUGCUCUGCCUUUCUGUCGCUUUUCAAGCUCUGCUUGUCUUUCACCCCUACCUCCAGAAUAACAAAAUGUACCUAAGAGGUACCUUUCUUAAUAUUUGUCCCAUUUCAUAGCAAGUUGAUAUGAAUUAUUUCCUUCGAAAUUGUUUUUUCCUACACAUAUGACUUUUGAAAUCGUUCAGCAUGUAUAUGUUAUGAAAAAUAAAGGAAUAAUGGAAAAGUCAGGCAGAGGGAAAGGCAGGAUGUCUUUCAUCUUUGCAAAUGCAGCUACCGGCUAUUUUGCAAUCAGUUCUACAUUCAUUUAUGGAUUUUUCCUUUCACUUUGAUCAAAAUAACUUAAGCUGAGGGUGAAUGUCUCUUACUAUUCCAUUAUUCCAAAAUAUAGACUAACAGAAUUGGG